GUCACCAUCAAAACUCCUCCAACAACCCAACUCUCAGCCAACCCCUGACACCAUGGCCUGCUGCUCCACUAGCUUCUGUGGGUUUCCCAGCUACUCCACCGCUGGGACCUGUGGCUCCACCUGCUGCCAGCCAACCUGCUGCACGACCAGCUCCUGUGGGACCGGCUGUGGCAUCGGCUGUGGCACUGGCUAUGGCAUCGGCUAUGGCACCGGCUACGGCCUGGAGGGUGGCUCCGGAGCUGUGAGCUGCCGCACCAGGUGGUGCCGCCCUGACUGCCGCGUGGAGGGCACCGUCCUGCCCCCCUGCUGUGUGGUGAGCUGCAUACCCCCAUCCUGCUGCCAGCUGCACCAUGCCCAGGCCUCCUGCUGCCGCCCAUCCUACUGCGGACAGUCAUCCUGCCGCCCCGCCUGCUGUGCCUACUGCUGUGAGCCCACCUGCUAAAAGCCAGGCUGCUGAUUUUCAACUUCUAAUUCAACUCAUGAGUUAACUAUCUCCUCAACCACCCCUGAACCACUAAGAAGUUCUUAGACUACAAGUUGGGUUUCUGUUAUGGGACGAUCAAAUAUAGAAGUCCUAUCUGAUUCCAUUUCUACAGUGAAUACCUUGAGUAUGCACUAUGGACACAGAAAUGCUGUGACCCACCUGGUGAUCAUCAAAUUGCUUUGGAUAUACUAUGUCUGUUCUUCCUGCAGGGCUGAAGAUUACUGACACAUUAUGGAAUUCAUCCUUGAGAAUUGUCCACAAGUCUAAUUUUUCCCUGCUUUAUGAUCUAUUUUUAGCUUCUGUUUACCUAAAAUUUUUCCAACAUCAAAGUCAACUGACAGUCUUUAGAUGUCAUCAGAGAGAAUGGAAGCUCCUUCCCCAACAUUCAGCUUCUAAGAAGUAGUCUACACUUUUCCAUAUUUCAACAUCUGAUUCCAUCUCUUUUCUUUGGGUCAUAUAAUGAUCUUAUCUGUUGGCUAUUUCAAUUAUAUCUGUGAUACAGUGUCUUCUGUCAUUUCUUAAUAAAUAUUAUUUACU